CAUUCGCAUCACCCUUGUUACACUUGUCAUUGGGGUGGAAUCCUUUCUGCAAAACACCCCUCAACAGAUGGUUCUGUCAGCUAUCAACACUGUAGUUGCUCUGAGCAGAUACAGCCACAUGCAGUCAGUAGCCUGCCUUUGUCUCACUGCUUCUGCAUGUCUGUGUCACAGCAUGGACCACACCCUCCCUAUCUUCUGAAUCUGACAAACAGUGGCCAUUGCGUGUACACAAUUUUCCUCAGUAGAACCAGACUUUCCUGUGGCUACUUGGAUGUUGUAGUCAUCCUAAAGGGAAACACUGUAGUACUCUUUGCUGUGCGUAUCUUGUUUGUUGAGCAUAUCAUGUUGGUAGAGUCCUCUCAACUGAAAGUGCUCCAACAAAACCAAUCUCAGUGGAUUGUCCCUGUCACCAAAGUAUUAGUGCCUCACAAUGAUAUCCAGGGGCACAAUUACUUGGCAAUGUAUGCAUGUGUCCUCAAAAUGUUCACCCACGUGUUUCAUUGCUUGCACAGUGUGAUGUCGAAGCACGAGGCAAUGUCUGCUCCACAUCAUGUUUCUCAGAGGAGAUUGCCUUCAACCAAGGCCCUGCUUGUUAAUAACCAGAUCCACGUGUACUCGGCGAUGUGUGCACGUAUCUUUGGAAUGCUCUCCCGGGUGUUCGCUUACUACCGUAAUGCUGUGUCACAGCGUGCUAUUCAAACAUCUGCUCUAGCUCUUCCAUAUUAUUCGUGUAUAUUUCCGGCUGUGGGAUUCUCCACUACUGCUGCACACCACUCGUGCAAACGGGAGAACCCUUCCAAUGAUGAAUACACCUACUCUGUUAUCUGUGGGUUCACACUAGAAGGACGUUCCCUGAUCUUAUGUAAGCUGAUUAGUGUAGGGGAGUCCCAUAAAGAGACCACCUACAAAAGGAAGUCAACUGUUACUACAUUGAAUGGUGCAACCAGUUACAACCAUGUCCUCUCAACAGCAUGUGCAUGCAUCUUCCAAAUGUUCUACACUUGCUUCUACAAUAGGGUGUCAUCAAAGUGUGGGACUAUUGCCCUUCCAACUCCUACUUCAGGACUUCUCCCUUCGCUCCCCGCAGUAGAAUCAUCUGCUCUUGUCAAAACUUCCUCUCACCACUCCACUUGUAUUCACAGUGGACCACACACUGCCCUCCUCUGCACAGCCAAAGUAUACUGUGUGUGUCUUUAUGUAGUGGAGAAUGCCAUGGUCACUCGUAUUGCACUGGUGUGUGUAGUGGACUCUACUCUGCCAGCAGGAGUCACACAGAAGAGCUCCCAGUGCAUUGUUCCCGCUACUAAAGCUUCGGUUCUUAGCAGAGAUAACAAGAGCCUUAUGUGCUCUCCAGUGGAUGCGUUCAUUGUAAACACGGUUGCGUCUGAUGUGUUUUACAACACUCUGUCAUCACAGAAUGACCUUGCAAAUUCUACUAGAGCCCUAAAACGUCAAUCUUCAUCCUGUGUCAUUCCCGCAGUACAUUCUCCUACAAGUACUGUACCUCACUCCUGCAACAACAAUAGUGUAUCCAUUUCAAAUGGGGACUAUCCUGUCUUCCUAAGGAGUUCCUGUUGGCUACAAGGAAAAACCAAGGUCACCCCUAUCGCCCUUGCAAUGCUGGUCAAGUCCCCUCAACUAACACAGAAUAACUUUCGGUGCAUUGUUCCUGCUACUAAUUCAGUUCUUAGCAGAGAUAGUCUGAGCCUCAUGUUUUCGGCAGUGCACACGUGUAGCUUCUCCAACGCUCUGUCAUCACAACACGAGACCACUGCCCUGCCAAAUCCUGCUCCAACACUUCAACUUCACUCUUCAUCCUCUGUAAUUCCCACGGUAGAUUCUUCCGCUACUACUGUUGCACCUCAAUCUUGCAACCACAAAAACCUUCCCGUAUCAAAGAAUGACAACAGCAAUUACCCUGUCUUUAUCAAGCAGUCCUGUGGGUACAUCCAUAAGAUUGUUAUGCUACGACGAAAUCCAGCGAUCACUCCUAUCACCCUAGUGACGUUACUCAAGUCCUGUCAGUUGAAAGCAAUCACACCGAAGGACUCUCAGUGCUUUCCCCCUGCUACUAAUAUGCAUAGCAGUGAUAGCCAGAGGUGCAUGUACUCGUUAGUGCAUUCAUGGAUCUUCAGCAUGGUCUCUCAUGUGUUCCAUUGCUUCUCAAGUAUUCAGUUGUCACAUAUUGAGACUAGUCCCCUACGAAGUCCUGUACCUCAACCCUCCAACCACGAUAAUCUGUCAAGUUCAAAGGGCAUUUAUACUGUCAUCAUUAGGCAAUCCUGUGGGUACAUUGAUAUGCAACGUGGGGCACUACCUACGGGCAGUUUCCUUGUUAGGCUGAACAGUGUAGUGGAGUCUAAUGAACCGAAAGUCACACAAACCACCUCUUGGUGGAUUGUUGCAGCUACCAAAUCUGCAGGUGUUCAUUACAGUGAUAAACAGGGUCAUGUGUACUCAGUGGACGCACGCCUCUUCAGAUUGCUCUGCCGUGUGUUUCAUUCAGAGAGUGACAUGGCCAUUGCUCUUCAUAUCCGUUCCUCCACAUCUCUUCUAUGCAGUUACAUUUUUCAGCAUUGCAGUCCCUUGCCAGUGUGUGCACAUAUUGUGGUCCCAGGAAGAAGUGCCCGACACACUUUGGGAACUAUCUAUGCUUUUACAACUGCUGCCCCUUCACUUUGUGGCGCAACAACUCCUGCAUCCCCACCGCUAAUUCAGGCAGCAAGGCAAAGCCCCAUGCCCCCAGACACACUCAACUCGUUUGUCUCUGGAAAUCUCCCCACCUCUAUAAUAUCCGAGUUUAACUGGUGUGCUUCAUCAGCCAGUUACAAUCUGCCUGCCAUGAGAGCCGUGAUGAUACGUACACACAGAGCUCUAGUAGACCCUUCCAAGAACAAAGGCUUUGUGCUUUGUAGUUUCCUGGACCUCCACUCCAGGACAGUGCUAGUCCGAACCACCUCCGACUCACUCCGUGGUGACUACAGCAGAAUGCAGCUAACUUGCUAUUCCUCAACCUCCCACAUCCCAGCUCCAGCCUCUCCGAAAGCUACCAUCCCACCAAAACCACUCCGACGUACAAUCCAUUGCACUCCAACAAAGAGUAAUCUUCCGACCAGUAAGCCUCCACCGCAAACAGAUAUGCUUAAACCCAGUGCCAUUGAUGUCAAGGACACUUCAACGGCAAAAGAGCACUCUUGGGCUGUAUCUUUGAUAAAGGACGGGGCCAAAUGUGUUGAAGUGCAACUCCUCCCUGGCACGCAAGAAACACUCAUCUUUGACACCAUAGCUGCUCCACAGUCUGUACAUGGACAGCUUCUGAAUAAGGUUCUCCUCCUCCCUGAACAACAAACAAGAUGGAGUAAGAGGGUCCUUCUCUUUCAAGCACUCCGCCACAUACCACACUCUGUAGAUAUGCACAGAACCACAUUGCUGAACAAGAAGAAUACCAUGCCCCAGAUGAAAGAAAUAUCUGUCUUCAAUGCUAACAGGGAACCUGCGUACGGUCAAAUAUCACUUGAAUUUCUAAGUUACCCUGUGCUGCUUGACUGUCAAAUGCACACUUUUCUCAUCCUUGCAACAUUUGACCUGCUCAGUCAAGAAUUUGAGCCAUUUCUUACGGGCCUAAUAAGGAGAGCAAUAAUGUGCAAACAACACCCAGGCACAGUGGCAAGGAGGAAUACUGUGGUGGUACAUGUGCUUAAGCAUGAGCCAUUUUGCCACGAACUCAGACCAGCAGCCAAGCUAAGAGAAAGAUGUGCCAUGAAUAGCCAUGAAGCUGCGAUCUACACGACUACAUGGUCAGUGCAGCUCCCUGGCUCAGACCCUGCCCUUCCUAUUUCAAUCACAAUGCUUCCCAACUCCAACAACACCACUAGCUGCAAUUAUAAGGAUUCAAAGACGACAUCUUACUGUCAUAAAAGUGCUAUUGCCUGGGUACACCAGUCUCUUCACCCCACACCAGAGCCCAAUGCCAAGAUUACCGAUGGAUUAUCAUCAACUGUGUUUCAUGUGGGAAACAAAAAGCUUUUCCUAUGUUUGGCUUUGCCUCAUGCCACACAACAUGCUCUCCAGAGUUUGAUCUGCGUUUACAGGAUAUCAGGGCUGCGACAGUUUGCAGGUUUGCUGGCAGCGAUCCAAACCACCUGAGCCACAUGACUUCCCCUUGGUCUGAUCUCUUCAAGCUCUCUUCCCUCACCAGUGAAUUCAACCCCUCUCCCUUGUAGCUAUUUGUUCAGUCAACCGGUGGGGAGCUUUUGCUCAAUGCAGGCAUGCCUGAGUACUGGGCAUAGCUUUCUAACAGGAGAGAAUGUUCAAAGAAAGUUGAAAAAGAAGAAGUGUGAUGAGUGUGCCAGAGACCAAGAAGAGAGACAGAGAAAACGUAACAGUAGUCAAUUCUGUAUGCUUGCAAGCGCUGGCACCAAUGCGAGUGAAUAUAAUGAUGGUCCAAGGAGGAUCAUGUGGAGCAGUCAGCAAGAGAGAUGCCCAUCCAGAAAAACAAGCCGGAGGAAAAAACAACGAAAGAAGAAUUCUGCGUGCUUGAAGACCCAGUCCUUCUGGCCCGACUUCAUCUACUGGUGCACUCUUUACCGCUUCUUACUCCAGCUACAUGCCAGCUGUAGAAAGAGAAGCAAGCACACGACUCUCAGUUUUUAUGGCAGGGGUGAGAGUAGGAUAAAGAAGUAUCCUCACCUAGCCAAACCUUGCCCAUUACCAUGGAGCAUAGGAAGGACAAGGGAAACAAAGCUAGCCCCAAAUAAUCCCCUCCCUUUUCCCACUAGAUUGGGUACCGCACUUCACCUUGCCUUCUCUGUAGCUAAGCAAGCAGGAUGGAUCUGCCAGGAAGCCUUGUUUGAGGCUGCACACAUCCACCAAGAAGUUGAGGAUGUCUGCAAGGUUUCAGCAGCUGAGAGGGAAUCCCUGCUAAUCAGUCUUCACGCACUUGUCUCUCUACUGCCUCUUCUGGGAGCAAGUAGACCAAGGCCAGCAUGUCUUGCGCUUGAUCUGAAUCAGCCGGUUCUCGUGGUCUCCUCUCCAGAGUCAGGGAGCUCUACCACUACCACUGGUGGAGGCAGUGGUAAUAGUGGUAGGGAGGGGGACAAUAACACCUCUGGUAGUGGAUCGAAUGAAAGCCCAAGUGGUGGAGCUGGCCAUAUCUCUCCUGGAGGUGGCGGUAAACGAGAAGACGACGAAAACAAUGACGAGAAUAACUUCAAGGGAAAGAAAGACACAGAGAGUGAUGACAAGGAAGACGAAAUGGAAGAGGAGGAGAAGGAAAAGGAAGAUAGUGGGGCAAAUAGGACUGAAGAUGGCAAAACUAAAGAGAGUGCCGAAAAAGAGUGCAUGCCCGUGUGCGCCUUCUCCGAGGAUCAGAAGAACGAGAUUCAGAGAAAAGGUGGUGACAUUCAUACUCCUCAAAACCCGCCUGGAGUGCAGCGUAAGAAAAAGACACCACACCCACACAAGGACACUGAGAAGCAGGGCCAUGAGAAAGUACUACCUCUCGUGCAAUUGAAAGUAUCUGUCCAGACAGACUCUGGUAAAGCUUUGCACAAGGAAGCAGUAGCCACCAAAGACCGGACUGAAGACAAGAUAGACGAUGAUAAAGCGGCACUCCCUACAAACAACGAAACCAAGGAGGAUAAAAGCUCACCCGAUGCUAAUGCAACCACUACUGGAAACCAGCCUGAGGACGAGUUAGCCCCACACCCUGCAUACAAUGACGCCAAAACAUCUAACAGUGGUUUAGGAAACCCAAUAAAGUCAUUUAUCAGCUUUGCAGGUGAACCGGAGAGCGGUUUUGUUAAAGAAAACCUCAUACCUAAAGAAUACUCCUGCAAUAGUCCUACUGAGUCCGGUGCACAAACGGAAGAUAACGGAGCGCAGCCUCACACAGAACCCCUGCUGGCUGAUGAGUCUGUCUCACAGCAUAAAAUUUCUGCCCCAAUUCAAGCCCAAGAGUCUGAAUACAAUGAGACAGGUACUAACUUGCCAAUAUCAACUACAGCAGAUAUCUACCAAUGGUAUUACGAAGACAACAGCGUCGAAAUAUCGUAUCCACUGGUUGAAUCUGCAAAACACAACAACAGUGCUGUAGUAACCCAUGACCUCCUUCAAUGGAACUGGCAUCCACCACCUACGUCUAUUCUUGUCUUUCCUCUCUCGAGAACACGUGAGAGACGCAAUUCAUCUUCUAGCAAUGAGUCCCAAGAGGGACGAGGAGAUGAUAGUGCCAGUAAGGAGGAAGAGUGCAGAAAUGGUGACUCCUCACAAACGAAUUUGGGUGACGGAACUGGAGACCACUGGUCUGAAUCAGUCGAGGAAUCUUCUUUCGACAUCCACGGAAUGCCGGUUACUGGACAACGUCACAGUCAAGAGAGCAGUGAAGUGGUAGAAGAGGUGAUUGAAGUGAAUGAUGAAGACGAGUCAACACCUUCACUCGCUCUACUUCACCUUGACUCUGUGGUAACCCACAACAACACCACGGCCACUAUCUGCAUACCAACACAGGAGGAAACCGAACAGAUGACUCCAGAUGAGUCACGAGGUCUUGAUGAAGGGCCCUAUUCCAGAAUGCCCAGCUUCGCAGAGCCUGAGACUGUUGAGUCAAACGUGACUCCAGACUUUGAGAUUAUGGCGCCAAUGGAAGAAAGCCCAUUUCUACCUCGCCUUUAUGAAGAGCUACGAGAGAAUGGAAUCCGACCCAUUUUCUGCAGAGAUGGGUUGCCACAAGUGCAGGCGAUCCCUCUGGAGCAGUAUCUGGAACACGCCUUCCAGAAUGGAAACUUCCUGUUUGCCGUUGAGGUUCUGCACCACCUCAUAAACUGCAUGAGAAUCUGCUCCUUGUGGGAGACUCCUUUCUCUCUCCAUGCAGAAGACGUGUAUGUGGAUAUUGGGACACAGCAACUGGUGAUCAAUGCCACUACAUGUAUUGCGGCCCACUCACAAGAUGCUGGGCCAGACUGUAUGGAAGCCUCAGUUGGAAGACUAAGAGUAAUGCUGCAUCGCCUGCUGUUCAUUCUUCAAGACAACAACCCCAUCACCAACGAGCAAAUUACUCUGGGCAUUGGUCUGGUCAGGAACAUGACUGAGAUUUGCUGGAUUUCUAACGUGGAAGACAUUAUACACCGUCUUCUUGCUGAAGUUCAACAAUACAUGUAACUAGUAUUACCUUGUGUAUAAGACUACAUUAAUUUACACCUGUCACUUACCUCCAUUUAAUCUCCGAUAAUAAUUAUGAUAUUCACCCCACUUCUUCAACUUUUAUCAUCUUCACAAUUGUUGUAUCUGUGUUUGUCACACUUUUUGUACCAAUUCAUUGGUCAUGAGGCCAGUGUGCAUGUUACGUGCUAUACUCGUGGCCAAUCUAUUUUUAGACAAAACGAUUACGUAACAGCUAAUCUAAUAUUAUUCACAAAGUGCUGCUGACUCAUUCUCCGCUCCCAUCCCAG